AUGGCUCCCUCUCACAGCGAAGUAUCCAACCGUCCCAAGAACGAGAACGACCACCUAGAAACAGGUCAGCAAAUUGCCCACGGCUCCGCCGGCGACCAGAAUCUCUCCCCGAAGGUCGCCCGUGCAGAUAAGCAGGCUCCUGCGCCUGAACACGAGCAUGGGGCCGGAAUUCCGGGUAUGAAUGCCAGUGGAGGCUCCAGUCAGGGGUUGUCGACGGGGCCGAAUGCUGGUCAAGGGAAGGGACCGCUGAAGCCUUGA